AUGGGAAGCCAGGUUUUAGUUUUCUUUCUCAUUUCAACGGUUGUUGGAACUCUGGCGGCUAAUCACAGUGCCACUCCAAUUCCGGCUGCUAUUCCGGGUACCACUCCAACUUCAACUCCAACUUCGGCUGUUAAUCACAUUGCCACUCCAACUCCUGCUAAUCCCGCUGCCUCUCCAACUCUUGCCACUCCAACUUCAACCAUGCAUCUUGUUGCAACUGCAACUGCAACUGCAACUCCAACUCCAACUCAGACUCCGGCUAGGGAUCCUGCAACUCCAACUCCAAGGCCAACUAAUGAUUCGGCAAUUCCGUCCUUUAUAGCUAGUGGAUUGCUGGGAAUCAUCGUGGGUUCUUUUGUGCUGGUCUGUACCGUUUGUAGCUGUUUUGGGUGCUGGAUAUACCAUCGGAUAAAAGAAAGAGAGAGAGUUCAUGCUGUUUAG